CCCAUUCGGCUGCCUACGGAACGGCCUCGCAAUGGAGGCGGCGGAGGCAGCGGCGGCGGCGGCCGUGGACGGAGAGGAAGGAGGCGUCAGCAAGCGCAGCUGGUACGCGGUGGGGGAGCGGGCGGUGCUGGUGCCGUACCUGCGGGAGCACGUGCCGCGGUACCACGAGUGGAUGCAGGAUCCGGCGCUGCUGGAGGCCACCGCGUCGGAGCCCCUCUCCCUCGACCAGGAGUUCGACGUCCAUCGCUCCUGGACCCUCGACCCCCUCAAGCAUACGUUCAUAGUGCUUGACAAGGAGUUAAUCGAUGGAGAGUUCGUGGUCGGCAACCCGCACACUGAAGCUAUGGUUGGUGACGUCAACAUCUAUAUGAACGAUCCUGAUGAUUUGCGACUUGCAGAGAUAGAGAUUAUGAUAGCUGAACACAAGAGGUGCCGUGGAAAGGGACUUGGUCAAGAAGCAAUAUUGAUCAUGAUGGCAUUUGCAGUAGAGAAAUAUGGAAUUCACACUUUCAGAGCAAAAAUUAGUGAAUCAAAUAUGGCAUCCUUAAAGCUGUUCAGGAAAUUAGGCUUCAAGGAUGCUUCCUACAGUGCUGUGUUUAAGGAGGUGACACUGGAUGCGCCCGCAGCUUCCCUCCCGUUGAUUUCUCCUCUGACCAUAGGAAGUUGGUGAUAUCUGAUGUGACUAUAUGUCCAAAGUAGUCUUGAUAUGCGAAGACCAGUUAUUGGUGUUCCUCAACUGGGAAGCUAACUUUGGCUCCCCCAUACUAAACUGAGUGCUACCUUACCUCCAUUCAAAAAAGGUUUCCUUUUUACUAACCUUCUUGGUUGGAGAAAGACUUUAUUUUUUAGAAAUUAUUACAUUGAAGUUUGAUAAACUGGGAGGCAAAUAUAUUGAGAUUUGAAAAGGUAGAGUAUAAAUGUUUUGGGGUUUAAAAAAGUGAGAGGUAUUCUGGUAUUUGUAGCUUCGUAUAGGUAUAUGUGAUAUAGGCUAAAAAUGAAGUACCCCUUCGUCUCCAAAAGACUUUACCUUUAGCAUUUCUCAUAUAUAACUAUAGAAUGAUAUAAAGAUUAGAAUUCCUUUUACACUUUCAAACAUCAAUACAUUUGUCCCCUAUUUUUU